GCCGCGGCCCCGGCGCCGGGCCCCGCCAUGGAUCUAGCCGCGGCGCGGGCCGGGGAGCGCGCUGAGCGGCCGCAGGUAGCCCCCCGCAUGGCCUGCGGGCAGGACGCGCUGCUGCCCCCGGCCACCGGGGACCCCCCGGCGCUGGGCCUGCGGGAGCCGCCGAGGCGGAGACGCUCGCCGGACGGGACAGGCUCCAGGCGGCCCCGGGGGCGCCCGGGCAGCAGCAGCAGCAGGGCCUCGCCGGGGCUGGAGGAGCCGAGCCGCCGGGAGCCUCCGGUGGAGCCGGGCGGACGGAGCCCGCUGGAGCUGGAGGAGCUGGGCAGCAGGGAGCCGUCCCCGGUGUGCCUGGAGCUGGGCGAGCCCGGGGCUGCGGCGCGGUGCCGGCGGGGCGGGGGGCCCCCAGGGCGGGGCCCCGGGGGGCUGUCGGUGAAGAUGGCUUUCCGCCGCGCCUACUCCAUCAAGGACAAGCUGCAGGCCAUCGAGCGGGUGAAGAAGGGCGAGCGGCAGGCCUCGGUGUGCCGGGACUUCGGGGUGCCCGGCGGCACGCUGCGCGGCUGGCUCAAGGACGAGCACAAGCUGCGCUGGUUCCUGGACCAGCUGGGCGGCGAGGUGGGCACCCAGCGCAAGAAGAUGCGCCUGGCCAACGAGGAGGAGAUCGACCGGGCCGUCUACACCUGGUUCCUCACCCUGCGGCAGCACGGCGUGCCGCUCUCCGGGCCCAUCAUCCAAGCCCAAGCCGAGGCCUUCGCCCGCCAGAUCUACGGGCCCGAGUGCACCUUCAAAGCCAGCCAUGGCUGGUUCUGGCGCUGGCAGAAACGGCACGGCAUCUCCAGCCAGCGCAUCUAUGGCGAAGGAGGUGGAGGGGGGGACCCCGCCGCUCCAGGGACCCCGCCACUCAAGGCUGAGCUGGAGCUCGGGGCCCCCUCCUCCACCUUUCCGGACCCUUCGCUGCUCCUGCCCCUGCCGCCGCCUCCUCCAGCCGCUGCGGCUCCUUCGGAUGGGGGAGGCUACGGGGACGAGCAGAUCUACAACGCCAACGUAACUGGACUCUACUGGAAGCUGCUGCCGGGCCAGGCUGGGGAGUUGCGGGCCCAUUCCCCCCGCCUGCAGCCUCCCCCCCGUCGGAGGUUGAUGGUGAAGGAGCGUGUCACUGUGCUGCUGGCUGCCAACCUGACUGGCUCGCACAAGCUGAAACCACUGGUAGUUGGGGGGCUCCCAGACCCACCCAGUCUCCGGCACCACAACCAGGACAAGUUCCCAGCCUGCUACCGCUACAGCCCAGAGGCCCGGCUCGGACCUGCCCUUCUCCGGGCCUGGUUCUUUGAAGACUUUGUGCCAGGAGUCAAGCGUUAUCUGCGCCGCAGUUGCCUCCAGCAGAAGGCGGUGCUGCUUCUCAGCAGCCCCCCGCCGCCCUCUAGUGCUGGCCCAGAGGAGCCACCCCAGCUGCAGACCCCAGAUGGCUCCAUCCGAGCCCUCUUCCUCUCCAAGGCUGCGGCAGGGGGCAGCUCAGCUGGAGGAGGAGGCCGUAUCCCAGCCCCGCUGGAGCAAGGCGUGGUGUCCGCCUUCAAGCAGCUCUACAAGCGGGAGCUGCUGCGAUUGGCCGUGUCCUGCGUGGCCAGUGGGGGAGGUGGCUCCGCUGUGGGGCCCAGCCCAGCCGGUGGUGGGAGUGGCCCCCUGGACUUUGUGCGCUCUUUCCUGCUCAAGGACAUGCUAUACCUUGCUGGCCUCUCCUGGGACCUCAUCCCUGCUGGCUCCAUCGAAAAGUGCUGGCUGCUCGGGCUGCGUGCUGCUUUUGAGCCCCAGCCUGGGGAAGAGGAACAGGGGGAACCACUGGGUGGGGAUGGAGGUGGUGGGGACAGCAAGGUCUUCAGUGAUCUCACCCAUCUGGCUGCCCUGGCCUAUAAACGCCUAGCACCCGAGGAGGUGGCUGACUGGCUGCACCUGGACGAUGCAGCACCGGGCAUGGAGGGGGAGGAUGGAGAAGGGGAUGGUGAGAAUGAAGGACCUGGAGGCUGUGGCGGGGAUGAGGAUGAGGAAGCGGCAGGGGUGGAUGCAGGCGGUGGGGGGGGCAGUGGAAUGGAGGAGGAAGGGGAUCCCCCACUGCCCACGGCCCAGGAAGCCAUCAGGGGCUUGGAGACAGCACUACGCUGGCUGGAGAGCCAGGACCCCCGGCAGGUGGGACCACUCAAGUUGGUGCAGCUCCGCUCCCUCAUUAGUAUGGCCCAGCGGCUGCACCAAGGGGGUAGCUCAGACUCAUAGUGGGGCGUGAGGGGGAUGAGCUGGUCAGCCACCUACUGCUGCACCUUUGGGGGUGUAGCCCCACCAGACUCCCAUGGGACGGAUGGGGACUAACCCCACUCUGCAAUGGGACUGACAAUAGGGGACCCAACACCUCCACCCAUCAUUGCUAGGGAGUGGGGUCUAAUACCUCGUGGGGCUCAGAUGUUCCUCCCCCUGGGGCUGCCCCCCUGUCACUGAGGGGUAAGCCUACUUCCUGGGGCUAAUAAGGGGGGAUAACCCACCGUAAAAUGUCAUCACUUGAGGGCUAUUCCUCACUCUGAACAUCAUUGGGAGGUGCUAUUCCCUACUCAUGGAACGUAGGGGGAUAAUUCCCAGCAACAUCACUGGAGGGCUAAUCCUUACCCCUGACAUCAGCAGAUCCCCCAACCCAUGGGGCAGAGGCAGGGGGACCAAUCUCUGUAUCCAGUGUCACUGCAAGGAAGGGGCUUACCGCCAUUCUCCUGGGAUUGAGGGGAAACUAACCAAUGUUCCUGAGAAGGGCUGAGGCGGGGAACUGGACAUCAGCAGGACAGAGAAGGCACGCUGCCCCCUAGCUUGACUGAGAGGAGGGGAUUCUCCCUCACAGGAGUGGGACUAAUGACGAUGGUGGAGCUGUGAGAUGGUCAGCAGUAAAAAUCCUGCUGUGAGGGGAAGGGGGCAUGCAUGGCUAUACACGCCAAGAGAGGCUCUUCCUUCUCAAGUUGUAAAGAGGAAAACAAAUGCUGGGCAAGGAACGAAGCUAAACGAAAAGCUUGGCUGCAGUCUCCCACGUUAAGUUCUGUGGAGGUGAAUCCAGGUGGCAGCAGCAGCAGCCUCGCGGUCCAGACCCAAAUCAUCAAUGGACUGGAGCUGCUACCAGCUGCAAACUGGCAGCCACGUGCUUGGUGCAACUCUCAGAGAAGGAACAAAGCCUAACUGAGGUUUGUGAAAUGCUCUGAGAUCCUCUGUGAAGGGCUGGAUUGGUUCAACGUGGGUCCUCCCCUUGAUGUGUGUACACAGUUCCCAUGGAGCAGAGGAUGCCCUUCCCAUAGCAAAGCUUUGGGAUAAGCAAAUGCCCCUUGAGGGCACUAACGGCUCUCUGUUCCAAGCCCAUUGCAAUGGGAGGAGGCUGCCUGAGGUCGCUGUGCUUUGGAUAGGCUGGUAGCAAUGGGCAGGGAUGUUGAUGACAUGUAGUGGCUGGUGUUUCCAUGGAGUCUGUAGCCCUCGGAGGAAUCUUGGCCCUCAGACGGAGAACAGCAGCUUUGUGGGUGAUAAAUG